AUGGCCAACGAAAUUAACGACCUGAAAAGGAUUUCAUUACUUGUAUUGAUCGCUAUCCCUGCGAUAGCGUCCGUGAAUAUUAACUGCAAUGGCAAGGCUUUCCACUGCGUCAAUUCUACACAUUUCAUGAUAUGUGUUGAUUUGGGUGGCGGCCUAUCGACUACGAUUGAUGACUUCGUUAUUCCGUGUCCAGCGACCACAGUAUGCCACGGAAAUAAUAUUUUCGAGUGUGAGUUUCCCAAGAUAGAAGAAACUCUACCACCACUCCACGUUAUUGGAGUUGAAAAGCAAAGUGAUAUUAGUGAAACAACAUUAGUGACUAACAGUGUAACUGAACCGAUGCCAACAAGACGUGAUACUGUAAGUGUAUUUAACGAUACGGUACUAACUACAGCAACACCAGAAGAAGAACUUGUGUUAAAUGCAUUUCUAGUAGAAAAUAAUAACGAAACCACAGGAGCCAAUACAGACAAUACUACCGUAAUUAAUUUUCAAGUAAAUUCGAAUUUAAUUGAUAGUGAAAAAGAAAUCAACGAUAGACAAUCAAAUAACAGCAAUGUAACGACAAUUUCCGCAAUUGAUAAAAACAAGGGCUAUAAUGAUGUAAAAAAUGCAAAAAAUAUUUCCGUGAGCGAUAAAUCAAAAUCUGCUGAUACCAAUACUUCUGCCGUAGAAUGUAUUCUUUCAAAGCCUACUGCUGAUCUUAGUUUGAGGACAACACCGUCUACAGACGAAUUCACUUCUUCAGACAUAUUUAGUAAUAACAACAACAGCACAGCGGAUAAAUUAAAUAAGCCAUCGCAGAUUGUACCAAGUGAUAUUUCCAUUUUUACAAGUGAAGUGAAUGCAUCUUUAGGAUAUCCACCGGGUGAUAACAUUGCGACUAAUAUCGAACAAAAUAUUACUACUCAGCUAACGUCAACUAAUAACAAAAUUGACAAUGUCUUUGAAAAUAUACCUGCCUCAACAGCAGCCAUAUCUAGCGAAGGGCCUGUUGUUCGUAUUGAAGCUAGACCCGCUUUCACGGUCGACAUAGUUAGAACAACUAAUAAUGAAAUUGGUAAUCAAAAUGCUAUGACUGAAUACAGUACAACAGAUAGACCAUUACUCGUAACUAAUACGGUCUACAAUUCAACACAUCUAAAUGAAGUUAAUUUCAACGUUACAGAAUCUCAGUAUGUAACAAGUACAUCUUCACAGAUUGAUGUCUCAACUUCUCCAAGUAAAUUAAACGAAAAUAACACUUUGAUUGAUAUGCCUAAGCCUUUGCUAGAAACUGAUAUCGUGAAUUUGAAUCUUGAUAAGCACGAUUUAAUUCUGGAAUCCGUAAUCUUACCGCCAAUUAUUGAAAAUAAUACGAACUUUAUUGAUAAUCAUUCUAACUUUUUAAGAACAAGCGAACUAACAAACAGUGUACCAAGAAGCACUACGCCUACCAUUAUAUCUAAUUCUCACAGUAGUUUAAAAAAUAAUAGUGAGCUUCUAAUCGACCCAAAUGAAUUAAGUGCUCUGAAUAUUGAGAAAGUCGAUGUUAUUAAUAAAGAAAAGACAAAUACAAAUAAUACAAUUGUACAAGUUUUUGUUGACGAAGCUAUAAACACUAUCGCGGCUUAUUCUGCAAACGAUGAUAACAAUAACAAAACUAUUCUAAUCGUUACUCCUAAAAAUAAUGAUUUAAAUGACCGGGAGUCAAAAAAUGUAAUAGAAAAUUUUACCCUCACUAACAGUGAUUCUACGUUGAAACAUGAUGCCGUUAAUGGGGUGGCACCGAGUAUCCAGAUCACAGAGACCAAUACAACCUUUGUUCCACUAGUAGACCAAUUUAACAAUAAUGGUAGUCAAACUGUUAUGAGGACAUCAUCGAUUGGUGUAUCUAAUACUCUUUUAGAUAAAAAUCUUCUGGAAACUGCUAUCGCGAAUCUGACUCUUGAUAAAAACGAUUUUGUUCCAGAAUCUGUAGGUGCAUCCAUUAUGGAAAAUGUUACAAAUUCUACUGUUAACAAUUUUAACACUUUAAGAGCAGGAGAACUUGCUGUUUUUGAGACUAUACCAGGUAUAACUCCACUUACCAAUGACUUAAAUUCAUUCAAAGUUCUUGCUAAUGAAGCUAUAAAAACGACUACGACCGAUACCUCAAACAAUAACAAUAAUAAAACCGUCCAAAAGUUUAGUACUGAAAACAAAAAUUUAAAUUACCUACAAUCCAAAAAUAGCACAGAAAAUAAUACCGCGAAUGUAGUAAUACCGAGUAUUCAAAUUACUGAGAUUGCUAACACGUUUGUUCCAGAAGUUCAAUCUAACACUAAUACCAUUCAAAAUGUACCAAAUGCAACACCUCAUGUAGUAUUAGCUCCAAAAGAUAAUUCAAUUUUCGCUACACCAUCCACUCUCACUGAUGAAUUAGAAAAUACUAUUCGAAAUGUACCAAAUGCCACACCUCACAUAGUAUUAGAUUCUAAAGAUAAUUCAAAUAUCGCUACACCAUACAGUCCCACUGAUAAACUAGAAAUCAUACAAAAUUAUGUAGUCAAUGAUACUAACGUCGAAUCAUCUAACAAUAAAAAUAAUCAAAUUUUUGAAGAAUCUAACAAAGACGAAAGACAUAAUAUUAAUAAUCAAAUACCGAAAACUAUUCGCAUAGAUUUAGUUUCGGAACCUGCAGCAGUAGGUACAAACAAUCAAAUUGCAUCUGAUCACAUGGUAGGUCCUCUGAGAAUAGAUCAACUUAAUGCUACUCUUAUUCCAAAUAUAGAGAUUACACCCAUGCCUAUUGAUUUUACAUCAAAAACCGAUCAAAUUCGAAAUCAAAAUAAUGACAAAGUUAACGUAAUAAUGCAACCAAUAACAACAAAAGCAGCAUUCAGUAAUGAUGUAAUAACUAUUGCCGCAGUUGAUACACCUAGAAAUAUGAGUAAUAAAAUUAUUGAACAAAAUUAUACGCACGUUAAUCAAACAGAUAGACCUUACAUUUUGGAAUCUAAACCAGUAGAUCCGAGCGGCCACAUAUCGACAGAAAAGAGUUUUGUUCUUUUGCCGGUAGAAAUCGAUCCUACAAUUAAGCAAAAUGUUCCAAACGUUACACCUCAGACGGAUGUAUUAACUGCCGAAGGUAUAUCUAAUUUUAAUAUUCUAGGAAACCCAAAUGCACAAACAGAGGCUGUAACAAGUGAAAAAUCUCUUCUUACAACUAAGCCAGUUAGUAUUGUUCCUAUUGAAAUAAAGAGAGUAAAAGUUAAACCAAAUUUUACGGAACCUAAUAAUUUUACAAACAACGUAAUGACAAAUGUUGCGGAUCAUGUGAUUUCUCAUAACAAUGAUAUUAUCUUGGGAUCCGUGACUGUGAAUUCCAAUACGCUACCAAAUACAGGUAGUGGUAUUAUUACGGAUGUAGUUGAAGUGAAACCUUUUAUCAAUCAAGACGUGCUUAGUAUAACACCACUGAAUGAAACUGGUAAAAAUGCAUCUACCAAUAUAUUUCCAGCUACUAUGGGCAAAAUUAUUACACAGAAAUCUAUUCAUGAAACGGAUAAAAAUAUUACAGAGAAGCCAAUCGUAUCAAUAGGAAUUGCGACAAGUAAAGUAGGUGAUACACCAAUAAAAAUAAAUGAUAAAACGGAACAAAUCUCUAUAUCUGAAUCAAAUUCGACUGAUGUAAAACAUUUAGUACCAGAACAUACAACGGACCAUUUGACUUCAAUUCAAAUAUCGCCAACAGAUAAUAUGUUGACUGCUAUAGGCAUACCUAGUACGGAUUCUAGUACGAUUGAUCAAAUGACUAAACUGGGAACAUCGUAUACUGAGAAAGCCAUCAAUAUUCCGGAAAAAUCAUCAUUAGUAACCGAGAAUAUUGGAAUUAAAGCAAGUACAGAGCCUUCCGCUGAUGUUGCAAUUGCUAUGACUAAUGAUAACGUUGUCCCAACGACAGAUCAAGUUCCUUUACUGUUGGCAGCGGAUAGUAACUUAAUCGAUAAUGACAAAGACAAAUCUUUAGUGCCAAUACCAUUGCAUCUAGUACCAGAAAACCGUAAUGAGUAUUUGACUUCCACUCAAACAUCGCCAACAAAUGCAUUGGCUAUUGUAGGUAUUUCUCAUACUGAACCUGGUCAAGAUCAAAUUACUAACCUGGAAACAUCGUAUAAUGAGAAAGUGAACAGUAUUCCGGAAAAAUCAACUUUAGCGACCGAGAUUAUCGGAAUUACAGCAAGUGCACAGCCUUCCGCAGAUGUUGCAAUUGCUAUAACUAAUGAUAACGUUGUACCAACGACGGAUCAAGUUCCUUUACUGUUGACAGUGGAUAGUGUCUUAAUCGAUAACGACAAAAAUAAAUUUGCGGCAUCAAUACCAAUCCAUUUAGUACCAGAAAAUAUUACUGAGCAGUUAACUUCUACUCAGUUAUCACCUGCUGACAUAUUAACUACUGCAGGCGUAUCUAAAACGAUAAAUCAAAUUACUAAACCGGGAACACCGUAUACUGAGAAAGUCAUCAAUAUUCCGGAAAAAUCAAUAUUAGCAAGCGAGAAUAUCGGAAAUACCGCAAGUACAGAGCCUUCCGCUUAUGUUGCAAUUGCUAUGACUAAUGAUGAAAUUAUCCCAACAACAGAUCAGGUCCCUAAACGAUCAUCAGUGGAUAACGUCAUAGCCAAUAACGACAAAUCUUCGGUACCAAUACCAAUCCAUUUAGUAACAGAAAAUAUUACUGAGUAUUUAACUUCUACUCAAUUAUCACCUGCCGACAUAUUAACUGCUGUAGGCGUGUCUAGUGCGGAUUCUAGUACGAUAGAUCAAAUUACUAAACUGGAAACACAGUAUAAUGACAAAGUCAUCAAUAUUCCCGAAAAGUCAACAUUAGCAACCAAGAAUAUCGGAAUUACAGCAAGUAUGGAGCCUUCCGCUGAUGUUACAAUAGCUAUGACUAAAGAUAACGUUAUCCCGACGACGGAUCGAGUUCCUUUGCUGUUGACAGUGCAUAGUAACAUAAUCGAUAACGACAAAGACAAAUCUUUAGUACCAAUACCAAUGCAUCUAGUACCAGAAAACCGUAAUGAGUAUUUGACUUCCACUCAAACAUCGCCAACAAAUGCAUUGGCUAUUGUAGGUGUUUCUCAUACUGAACCUGGUCAAGAUCAAAUUACUAACCUGGAAACAUCGUAUAAUGAGAAAGUGAACAGUAUUCCGGAAAAAUCAACUUUAGCGACCGAGAUUAUCGGAAUUACAGCAAGUGCACAGCCUUCCGCAGAUGUUGCAAUUGCUAUAACUAAUGAUAACGUUGUACCAACGACGGAUCAAGUUCCUUUACUGUUGACAGUGGAUAGUAUCGUAAUCGAUAACGACAUAAAUAAAUCUGCGGCACCAAUACCAAUCCAUUUAGUACCAGAAAAUAUUACUGAGCAGUUGACUUUUACUCAGUUAUCACCUGCUGACAUAUUAACUACUGUAGGCGUAUCUAAUACGAUAGAUCAAAUUACUAAACCGGGAACACUGUAUACUGAGAAAGUCAUUAAUAUUCCGGAAAAUUCAAAUUUAGCAAGCGAGAAUAUCGCAAUUACAGCAAGUACAGAGCCUUCCGCUGAUGUUGCAAUUGAUAUGGCUAAUGAUGAAAUUGUCCCAACAAUAGAUCAGGUCCCUAAACGAUCAUCAGUGGAUAACGUCAUAGCCAAUAACGACAAAUCUUCGGUACCAAUACCAAUCCAUUUAGUAGCAGAAAAUAUUACUGAGUAUUUAACUUCUACUCAAUUAUCACCUGCUGACAUAUUAACUGCUGUAGGCGUGUCUAGUGCGGAUUCUAGUACGAUAAAUCAAAUAACUAAACUGGAAACACAGUAUAAUGAGAAAGUCAUGAAUAUUCCCGAAAAGUCAACAUUAGCAACCAAGAAUAUCGGAAUUGCAGCAAGUAUGGAGCCUUCCGCUGAUGUUACAAUUGCUAUGACUAAUGAUAACGUUGUCCCAACGACGGAUCAAGGUUCUUUGCUGUUGACAGUGCAUAGUAACUUAGGCCAUAACGAGAAAAACAAUUCAUCUAUAUCAAUAGGAAGCGCAUCAAUAAAAGCACCUGCUGUGACUGAUGAAGUAAACACAUCUACCGUGGUUAAUAUACAAAUAAAUACAAACAAUACAGAUAAUGCUAUUCUAAAUACUUUCAGUGAUAUAAAUCCAGCUGCACAAAAUUUUACUGGGAUAAUGAUUACUCAAAAUAAUUUAGUUGCAGAAAAUAAUACUCCGGAUCUAAUUUCUAAAAUUAAAUUAACAGAGCUGUCCCCAAGUGUUCCUAAUUCACUUAGUGUAACAGGAAGUACCGAUAAAGUUGUCGCCACGAUAGACCAAGAUAAUGGACCAUUAAAUAUUAAGACUAUAAUGGAAGUUUAUAAUGGUACAAAAAAUACAGCGGCACUUACAGAAAACACAAUAACGAUAAAUCACACUGUCAUUAAUUUAGGUUCUGAUAAUCGACAAACAGUUUUUACCAACAUGGUUCCUGGAAAUAUUCCUGUUAAAACUGACAAAGCUAAAAUAUUACAUCAAUUUACUUUACCAGUUACAGCACAUUUGGAAAAAGUAAGUAAUAUUAAUGAAAGAUCAGAAAAAAAUAAUUUUACAAAUAAUGCCAACUUUGCUUUACCAGAUAUGUAUAAUGGUAUAAUCAUUAAUACUGGAAAGAGUAUCAACAGUCUAGAUGGGCAGAAUAUUAAUGGUGAAAACUAUAAAACAAGCGAUUUGAUACAAGACAACAAAAAUAGUGUGAAGGUAGACUUGUUAACAUCAGAUUCCAAAAAGUUACCACAAACAGACUUAAAUGUAGAUUUUAUAAAGUCUUUUAUUGAUAACGCUCCUCCUGCCAACAAUAAUGCUAAUAACAACAUUAUGAUUACACAAAGUAUUUCAAAUGAACCGCAACAUAAAGAUGCAAGUAAUGGUGGGCCUAUUGCAACGGAAAGAACUUCUACACAGGUUCCUGGCAACAUACUCAUUAAAAAAUUAUCAAAAUUAAAUUGCAUCACUUCUGAUAUAAAUAAUUUGAGUGCCACAGAAGCUUCUACUGACAAAAGGUUUGAUGAGUCCGGGAAAGGUACAAGUGUCACGGCUCCAACAUUUACUUCGAAAGAUAAUAUUCAAAGUACUAUUAUUUCAAAAGAAAACAAUAUUCCUCAGUCCCUACAAGUUACAGCUACAAGUUCACCUAUGGUAUUAGUAACAUCUACAAAUUAUAAUUCAACAAGUAUACCUUCGACCGUACAAUCGGUUGACACUGUUGUAAUUGCAGAUAUAGUUAAUAACAAACCUACAGAAACACCAGACAUAAAAACUGCAGUAAAAUCUUCAAUAGCUGAUAUAACGACAGCUGAAGUUAAAACAAAAGGUAUUUCCAUUGGUUUAAAUAACAGUGGUGGUAUUUUGGACAUUCAUUCAAUACAGUUUCCUCAUGAAUCAUCAUCGAUUUCAUCGGCAACCAAAACUUUUGAAGAUUUGCCAUCAUUAUCGAGAAAUGAAACGGCAGUAUCGAUUGGUAGUGUACAAAAAAUUGUUACAAAACAUACUGCAAAAGAUGGUUUUAUAGAUAGUGAAAAGAUACCUAGCAGUGAUAGUAAAACUAAAGAAUCUGUGAAACAAUUGGAUAAUUUAGAUAGUGGUAAUUUAAAGAGCGUUUCCAACCCUGAUAUGUUGACCUCAACUGUUCAGAAAGUAGCUAGUCAAAUAACAGUACAAUCUAAUAGUGCUAGUGCUACAAAUACUCCAACGUUUACUGUUACUGAAAAUUUAAGUUCAAAUAAUUUGGGAAAUCAUCAGAUAGAAAAUACAUUUUCCAAUAUAUAUGACCCUUCACCUGAUUACUCGCAAACAACACUAACAAAAUCCUCUUCAUCAAAUUAUUAUUUAGGAGCCAUUAAUAGUCCGGAGGAUAUAAAUUCAAAAAUGAGCACUGACACAGUAAAAACCACUUAUUCCUCGCUAACCAAUAUCCCACAAGGAGUCCAUAUUCAGAAAGCAUCAACACCUGAUUAUUUUAUAAAAAGUACAACCCAAAAUUUGGUUUCAUCAAAACAAUUAAAUGCACCUGGCACAGUUACCGUAACAGUGAAAAGAUUAUCUUCUCCAAUCGUACAAACAUUUACUAAAGACACAAUACAAAAUAUGAUGGAUCCGAUCAUUGCAGAUCAAAAAAUAAUUUCAGUUAAACAAAACGAUGACAAAAUAAUUCCGACUGCCAAUCCUACUGUGUCAACAGUUAAUUCCAAUACGGAUGAAAGAAUUAAGAUAGUGUCAACUUACAAUACUGUUAAUUCAUUGAACACAAUGCCAAGUGCGACAUUGCAACUGUCAGGCAUACAUCCUUCAUUAUCAAAAGAUUAUGUGAAUACUUUCCAGAUACAAAAUCCGAGUGAUUACGAUUUAAAUAAAUUUAAAUCAUCAAUUACAAAAUACAUUAAUAAUAUUGCCAAAACGAUAAAUGUCCCUGCAGCAGAAAACAAACAAAGCACACAAAACAUUUUGUCCACAUCAGGAUUAAACUCCAAAAAUAAUAGAAACGUUACAUAUACUACAACUCUAUUCAGUAAUAGUUUUGAUCCAAUAAAACCAAAUGUUAAUUACGUCACAAAGAAAAUAGUUAAUGAUAUUGGACUGAAAGGAGUAGUUACAAUGAAUUCAGAAAACAUACCAAUUAUUUUAAAAAACGAACCAUUGAAUGCUUUUACAUCUGGGUCCACUCAGCCAGCUGGUAGUUUAAGUACAGUUACGGUGUAUGACCAAAGUACAGUGAAUAAGCCACUAAUAACAGAAUCUUCAGUAUUGUCUACUAAAGUAAAUAAUAUACCAACAACUGUACUGGGUAGCGAAAAAUCAUUGCUUUCAACCCUGACUCCGUUUGUAACUACUGGCAGUGACUCUACACAACGGAUUGUUACUAAUUCAAACACCCACAUGUUCCAAUCUCCACUUUUAUUUAAGUUAAUGAAAAAUAUAAAUUCACCACAAGAUGUCAUUUCAAGUGUAAAAAAAGAUCAGUCAGUCAUAGCUGAUUCAAAUACUCAAUACUUUAUAAAGUCACCUGAACCAGAUUCUAUGGUAGAAACUAUGAUUUUCACCAAAGAAAGAAUAAAUGAACCUUUUAUUAUCUCCGGAAUUUCGAACGGUUUUCGUAGAUCAUAUGACGGUAGUAAUAUAACUUCGGUGCAAAAUAUUGUUAACAGUGAAAUAAAUGAUACAGGAUCUAUUCCUAAUAAUAAUAACCCAGAUACAAAAGGAAGUCCUAUUAAAUUAGUCGAUAUUGACGGGGCAGAUACUAUACAAUAUUCAGAAAGUGAUCGCUUGUCUAACGAUAAUGUAGGGAGCGAUAAAAUAGAAGAGAACGAAACAAGUGAAAAGAUAUCAACGUCGAAAGACUCUAUUGUCAAGGCGGACGCAAUUCGAAACAAAUUUCUUCCUCCCUCGUUUGUAACGUCGCAAACUAAUAUAGAUAAUAAUCCCAUAGAUCUUAAAUUAAGGCGUGAAAUAGGUACCAAAUAUUCCACAGGCGCGAUAGAGUCAGUAGCUUCUGAAGGAAAUUCACAAACAGAAGCAUUAAAAGUAAAUGAAAAUGAGAAUAAUAGUAGUUACAAUAACAUUACACCGGACUUUCAAAAGUACCCUGUACAGCUGAACUUAGAAAACCAAACUGAUAACGUAACCAUUGUAAAACGUAAUAGCACAAUCAAUGACGACCUGGUGGAUCUUACGGCAACGAAUCAUACGGUUACAGCAUAUGUACAAACUUAUUUGAACAAAGAUGGAAAACAAGGCAAUAAAACAAGUGACGCACUAAGAUUAAACGAAAGUAGUAUGCAGAAAGCAAACACUGCAAAUGUGCAAUUAAAUGCAUCCAGUAAAGUCAAAAGUACAAGUACAGAUUCUCCUCCAGUUUUUAACUGUACAGCACGCGGUAGAUACGCUGAUAAGAAUGACUGUAGGAAAUUCUAUACUUGUAUUGGUAAUCACCACCCAAUAAUGGGAACAUGCCCAAAUAAUACGGUAUUCAGCGAAAUUAACAAACAAUGUACGAGAAAUUUAUCGCAUUGCGUUAGAAACAACCAAUUUAGAUGUUUAUUAGAAGGACGGUUUAGCGACUUCUUUAAAGAUAACAUAUAUUAUAUUUGUGUUAGAAAUUGUUCAAAUCAUUUUACGAGAUACAAAUUACAAUGUCAGGAUGGUUAUCAUUUAGACAAGGAAUCGGUAAGAUGUGAAAGAGACGAAAUGACGUCAACACAAUCUGCGUCAUCCGUUAGUGAAGUCAGCAAUGAUGAAACUACUACACCUAAAACUAAGUCGGAGAAAAUAAAAAGUAGUAGUAGUGAUGAUUUUGAAUGCGAAAAGGAAGGUAACUUUCCAUACGCUAAAGAUUGUCGAAAAUAUUACGUAUGCACUAAAGUUAAAGAUGUUUAUCGGCGUAAAAUAAAAAAAUGUUCCAAAGAUGAAGUUUACGACAAAAAGAAGAAAAAGUGCGUAGACUCUGAUAGUAGAGAAUGUUAA